AAGAAGAAGGCUUGAGGGCAGGACACUGGGAAGGAGCUUUGAAUUUAAACGGUUUUCUUGUUAGUUCGUUAAAGUGCGUUUUAUAGACUACGUAUAUUUUAGAGCAAGAGACCAUUAUCGUCUAAAAGUAGUGUUAUAAAAUAAAUAUCAGAUCUGAGGUUACUCACUAACGUUAAUCAUAAAUAUAAACAAUGGGAGCCCAAAUGACAAAGGAACUAGGAUUGUACAAUGAAGAAGAAAAAGUGUGCACUCCCGUUGGUCCUCAGAGGUACAGGCUGCUAAACAGUGACCCCCGCUCAGUGACAGUUGGCAUCGCACGCACUCCAAUACAGGUGGAGUGUACACCCACAGGGGUGAAAACCAUAACCAAUGCGGUUGAAUGCACGCCUACAGGAGUGAAAACCAUAACCAAUGCGGUUGAAUGCACGCCUACAGGAGUGAAAACAGUAUCCAAGACCAAGAGUUUUAGUGAAGCGGCUAGUUUUACAGAAGACACAGAAAACCAGAGUUACAUAGAUAAUGACAGUGGUUACAAAGAGGAGGCGAAAGAUGACGAAAGCAUUGUCAUGGAAGAAACAAAAGCUAGCCCAGUAGAACGUGAAACAAGAUAUUUAGAGACAGACAUUGACAAGUUGGACUCACCAGCUACUAUUGCGAGUGCCACUCUAACACCACUAAUGAAAGAAGACAAAUCACACUUCGUAUGUGACGUGAGGUCUCCGUCAUUCGACAUAGCUCGUACCCCAGUACUGGUGGAAUGUACACCAGAGUUAUUCGCUCUGCACUCACGUAUUGACAGUCUCAGUUUCUGUGACUUUGACGUUCAAAUGGAGGAUCCGUCAGUGAUAGUCUCUGAAGACGACCAAACCCCGCAGCAUAACGAGUCCUCCGUCAAUAACUGGCUGAUCAACGUUGAUACUAAACCUGGCAACGAAACACCGUUCAAUAACUCUUUUGCAGAGAGUCCCAAACAGGUGGCUCGGAAACAGAAGGAACUCAAUGCGAUGAAGAAGCAACUCUUCUUCACUCCUGAUGUGAAACAGAUCGCCAAGCCCAAGCCUCGUACUCCCUUGGGAGAUCUACAAGCUAGCCAACUGCAGGACUCUCCUCUCAAGCUGGUCCGCAGCAAGCAGUGGCGCAACAUCGCAGAAGAGAGGCAGCGCCGCGGGCUGUUAGACUCAGAGAACACACCCCCCAACCUGACUCUUCCUCCUCUCUCCAAGGUCUCUUCUGCACCGGGCAAAAUGUUGGAGCGCAAACGAAGUAAAAUCAACUGGGACGAAGAAAAUGUGAUGUUAAUUUAAGAUUUUGACCUCUAAAUAAUUAACAUGUUGGUUAAUUUAUUGCAUAAUAUUAUUGAAUGUACUGCACUUUUUUCUACAUGUAUAUAACAUUUACUAAUGGUGUGUUUUUUAUAUUCUUCAAUGUCAGCUCUUUUUGUAUGAACUGGAAUAAGAGAUUGUAUAUUUUACUGUAAUAAAGUAUUUUAUUUUUA